GGGCCGCAGCGCACCUCCGACCUGCUCGCGCCGAUCCUGCUGCUGGCCGGCCACGGCGCGGCGGUGCACACGGUGAAGUUCAGCCCGGGGGGCGAGCUGCUGCUGUCGGGCUCGCACGACAAGACGCUGCUGCUGUGGGAGACCUUUGGCGAGUGCAAGAACGUGCUCACGCUCAAGGGCCACGCAAAUGCGGUCGUGGAGGCCAAGCCUACCUCCGUCGCCGCCCUCGCCGCCGCCUCCUGUCCUCAUCGCCGCCCCGCCGCCACAUCCGCCUCUGUCUCCACCACCGCCACCCGGCGACCGGCCUUGCCAUCGCCGCCGCCGCCCCCCCUUCAACCCCCCCCUCCCCUCCCCCUCUCACCACUCCUCCGCCGCCCCCGGCGACCCGCGCAGCCCAGCGCUGUAUGCAACCCUCGCCCGCCCAACCUCGCCGCCCUCGCCGCCGCCGCCGCCGCCGCUGCCUGCCACCGCCGCCGCCACCGCCGCCGCCCCACGCCCCACGCCCCGUUCGUCCCGCCGCCGCAGGUCCACUGGCUGGGGGCGGAGAACGCGGUCUCCGCGUCGGCCGACAAGCUCGUCGCGUUGUGGGAUGUCCGCCCCUUUUGCGAGGGCGGCCGCUGCGAGAAGCUCUUCCUCGGUGCGCAGCACAACUACGAGAAGGGGCUGCUCAAGUGCGCGUGGUCGGCGCGCGGGCCUGCGGACGGGGCGCGCGUGGCGUGUGGCUCGGCGGACCACUUCGUGUACGUGUGGGACGCGGCGACCAAGCGGAUCAAGUACAAGCUUCCCGGCCACACCGGGUCCAUCAACGAGGUCGCCUUCCACCCCACCCAGCCCAUCCUCGCCUCGUGCGCAAACGACAAGCACGUCUACCUCGGCGAGAUC